AUGCAUCCUACAACUCCACGGUUCUCAGAGUCCCCAAACGCGCGCUCCAAGUCGAUUACUACGGCCGAAGGAGUUGAAACUUAUGGUAUCCUAAACCGACACUCUGCACAAAAUGCCGCGUACCAAGUCGGUGUUUCUGAAGAUAAGGGUUCAAGGCGAUCUAUGGAAGAUGCCCAUUCAUUCGUCGUCGACUAUGCUGGAGUAAGAGGUCAAGGCUUCUUCGCCGUGUUCGACGGUCAUGCUGGUAAACAUGCCGCUGAGUGGUGCGGGGCUCAUUUCCACGAGUAUCUGCUGGACACUCUUCGCUCAUCGCCUGGGGCUGCUAUCCCUGAUGUUUUGAAUCAGACAUUUCAUGGUGUAGACACUCGCAUCUCUCGCAUGUGCGAAGAUUCCCAGGGCAAGAUCCAUUCUGGAUGCACUGCUGUAACCGCAUUCCUGCGUAUUGAGGAUGCUGAUGGGCACCAGUCAUUUAUCACUGACUCUCGGGAAUCCGCCGGUUCCCCAGUAUCCUUUCAAGAAGGGAAGAGCGACAACGCGAGUGCUUCUGACAGUCAUAGCGCAGAGUCUAGCGAGGAAGCUUCUUCGAAGGACAAAAAGGCAACUAAAUCUAAGAAAACUAAUGGGAGCCGAAUAGCGAGAGCUCUCAAAAAUCUGGGCGGUGCCUCUCCAGCACGCUCGACGUCUCCCACUACACCGCGCUCUGUUUCGCCUAGCAAUACCUCGCCUGCUGCAAACACACACCAAGUCAAUGGAACUUCCGCGAUUGUACCACCCACAACCGCACGACGCGUUCUUUAUAGUGCAAAUGCUGGCGAUGCACGUGGAGUUCUGUGUCGUGCAGGCAAAGCUGUGCGAUUGACAUACGAUCACAAGGGGUCCGACAAACAGGAAGCAAAGAGGAUAACAGACGCCGGUGGCUUCGUUCUCAGCGGACGAGUGAACGGCGUGCUGGCAGUGACCCGGAGCUUGGGCGAUUCAUCGAUGAAGGAAUUUGUCGUGGGAUCGCCUUACACCACUGAGACAGAGCUUUGCGACGAGGACGAGUUUCUGAUUUUGGCUUGCGAUGGUCUAUGGGAUAUCACUGGUGAUCAAGGCGCCAUCGAUCUUGUUCGUCACAUGGAAGAUGCACAGGAAGCUAGUCAAGCACUCGUCAAUCACGCUCUUGCUCGGCAGACUAACGACAAUGUAACAGUCAUGGUCGUGCGCUUCAAAAACAAGUCCUCACGUUGA